AUGAUAUGGAGGGGAUUGGAACACACCUGAAUCACAUGAUUGGGAGGGGAUUGGAACACCUGAAUCACAUGAUUGGGAGGGGAUUGGAACACCUGAAUCACAUGAUUGGGAGGGGAAUUGGAACACCUGAAUCACAUGAUUGGGAGGGGAUUGGAACACCUGAAUCACAUGAUAUGGAGGGGAUUGGAACACCUGAAUCACAUGAUAUGGAGGGGAUUGGAACACCUGAAUCACAUGAUAUGGAGGGGAUUGGAACACCUGAAUCACAUGAUAUGGAGGGGAUUGGAACACACUGAAUCACAUGAUAUGGAGGGGAUUGGAACACCUGAAUCACAUGAUUGGGAGGGGAUUGGAACACCUGAAUCACAUGAUAUGGAGGGGAUUGGAACACCUGAAUCACAUGAUUGGGAGGGUAUUGGAACACCUGAAUCACAUGAUAUGGAGGGGAUUGGAACACCUGAAUCACAUGAUAUGGAGGGGAUUGGAACACCUGAAUCACAUGAUAUGGAGGGGAUUGGAACACCUGAAUCACAUGAUAUGGAGGGGAUUGGAACACCUGAAUCACAUGAUAUGGAGGGGAUUGGAACACCU